AUGCCUUGUACGCACACGGUGACCAGGAUCCCCUGGCCGUCCUUCCUGGGGUCCCUGCUCUGGAGGGCUUUACAAAAGGACAAACGGCAGUCGGUAUUCGCCCUCAUUCUGGUGAUCCUGGUAGGUGGGCUCUUCUUCAGCUUCCUUGCGCUCAGAGAAGUUGGAUACUAUGGGACCCGUUACUAUGUCUACAGAAGCUGGGAUAAAACCACUUCAUUUCAAUGGGCACUUCCUUCCAAAAGUGACUCUGUGGAGGAUUGGGAUGUUCAGAGAAGGAACUACACUCCGUUGCCGUGGAGAACAGAGUACAUGGGACAAGCCAACCUCCAUGUUUUCGACGAGUGGUGCGGCAGCUCGGUGGAUUCCCUCCGUAAGAACGUGCACUACCCUCUUCACCCACAUGUCAGGACCACAGUCAAGAAGCUGGCGGUGGCCCCACAGCAGCACCAGUACGGCCUUCGGAUAUUUGGCUACAUACAUCCUCCUGCUGACGGAGAUUAUGUGUUUGCAUUGAGUUCAGAUGAUAACUCGGAGCUGUGGCUGAGUACGGACAAUUCCCCUCUGAACCUGCUGCUCCGCGCCUGGGUUGGCAAGACUGGUGCUGAAUGGACAGCUCCUGGAGAAUAUGAUAAAUAUAUCAACCAGAAAUCUGUGCCCAUAAGUCUGUUUUCUCAGAUGAAGUAUUUUUUCGAGGUGAUUUACAAACAGGACACUGGCAAUGACCAUGUGGCAGUGGCAUGGAGGCUCCCGAAUCAUACUCAGGAUUUUGAGAUUAUUCAGUCAGAUCAUAUCUCUCUCUAUGUGGAUGAGUCACCUAAACUCAUUGGUGAUAUUGCUCACAUCCCUCAGACUGCUGCCAGUCAUGAACAGCGUCAUGGCAAAAAGCGAAGCAUACUCCCAGAUAUGCAGAGGGAAGACCCGAGGGACACAUUGUACCGAGUGCCUUUAGUAAACCUGAGCCUUGUGAGCGGGCUUCUGCCAGACUGUGAGUACAACCCCAGCUACACUCUCAAAGGCCAGAGACUAGGACGUUACGAAGGACUCAACUAUGUCCACUUGUCCUACAUUUAUCCCAAUGACCACACCCGGCUGACCCACCUGGAUGAAAUCUGUUACUACAGCAUCAAGCCGGAUGUAUUUGGUAACAACAUGGUUCUGGACAGUCCUGUUCAAACAGAUCCCUCUGGCAAAAACCAAGGCCGCAAAGUUCUUUCUGUUAACAACAAUUUUGACACCAAUAAUGAAGAUCCAGUUAAAUCUAAAGGCAGAAAAAUUGUUAUGAAAAAGUCAAAAACUAAAUCAAAACAUAAAAUAGCACUAGACAGAAAUCAACUUGGAGCAGAGACACGUGUAUUAAAUCCAUUGCAGCAUGUAGAUUCUAGAAGAGUAAUGAAAUUAACAAAAAUGGCCAAAGCUCCAGAAGCAGAGGUCCAAAACAUCUACCCCUCAGACUUUGGAGACAUCAGCCCCGAUCAGUGGGACGAGCUGGGGGAGCCAGUAGUGCAGAGCAUGCCUAUAAACGAGAACAGCAAUGCUGCAGAUAAAUGGUCACAGACAUUCCAGGUAAAGCGCAUAGACUACCAGGGCCAGAAGUCACACGCCCUCAACAUGGACUGUAGAGUGACCGGGAACAUUCAGGCUCAGCAGGCUGAGGUGCAAAGCGUAGUGGGGGCCUACUUGGACAAGAUCACCCAGAGGCAUGGACGUUGGACUCUGGCGCAUGUGGCCAACGUGGUGCUGAAUGUUGAUGUGCAGAGAGGGAGGCGGUACCUUGUGGAGCUGGUGGUGAGAGAUGAGACUGGGACACUGCAUCGGCUCUCACAGUACAUCUACGCCCAGAGGACCCCUGACCAGGACCCUGAGUCCCCCAAACUCUGCUACCCCACAGGCUUUAACUGGAAUCCUCAGGCAACCGUCCACUUUGUCAUACCAGUGAAAAACCAGGCCAAGUGGGUGCACCUGCUGAUAAAAGACAUGGAGACACUGGUGAAAGAGACCGGAGAUGCCAACUUUAACCUGAUCCUCACCGACUUCAACAGCUCUGAUAUGGAUGUGGAACAGGGUCUAGCCAAAUCCCAAAUCCCACGGUAUCAGUAUAAGAAGUUAACUGGAAACUUUGAACGAUCUCGGGGUUUGCAAGAAGGCGUCAAUCUUAUCAAGGACCCACACAGCAUUGUGUUUCUGUUUGAUCUGCACAUCCGGUUCCCUUCCCACAUCAUUGACCUUUUACGGAAGCACUGCGUGGAGGGAUACCAGGCCUUUGCACCCAUCGUGAUGAGACUGGAAUGUGGGGCUUCACCGUUAGAUGCCAUAGGUUAUUGGGAAGUCCAAGGCUUCGGACUGCUGGGGAUCUACAAGUCUGAUUUGGAAAAAGUGGGAGGGAUGAACACUAGAGAAUUCAAAGACCGCUGGGGAGGAGAGGACUGGGAACUACUUGACAGAGUCCUGAUGGGUGGACUGGAGGUUGAGCGAUUGUACAUAAGGAACUUGUAUCACCACUUCCACUCCAAACGGGGCAUGUGGGUGACCAGUCAUCACUGACCAAUCUACAAUAAUCAACAUAAUCAAUCAUCGAAAUCACUUCUCACUUUCCUCAUGUUUACAUUCAGGGCUGGACAUUACCACUAGCUAACCUGUGUGGUACUUUCUGAUGAUACAUUCACAGGCACUAGCCACUUUAGAGAGUAUCUCUACUGUAAAUAGAGUAUAAUUUCUAUUGGCCAUAUCAAAGCAACUAUAAUCAACAUGGGGAAUAGUCAAAAAUCAUUAAUUAACAGAUUAUGAAGAGCAAAAACAAAUCAAUACAAAUUAAUUUUAAAUCGGCUUAACAAUGGGUAGCUUUUUUAAAGUAUUUGCCACAUUGAACAGAGAAGAGAAGAGUUUUUUGUUAGAUCAAAUCUUGUUUUCAGAUCACCUAAGAUAUCACUGAGAGCUGACAGAGGACAUUAUAAGGGCUGGCAACUAAAAUCAGCUUCUGUGAAUCCUUGAUGGUAUGCACUCCACUGGCCCAUGGAAUGAAUGUGUGAGACUAACCUGGAGGUCAAAGAAAGUGUAAAAAUUCUCGUUAAAAAUAUAUAGUAUGUUGUACUAGACCAACAUUUGUUGAGACAACGUACUUUAACUAAAACUUGAGUAAUACAUUUUUGUGUAACAGUACUUUAACCUGAGUAAAGGUUUUGAUUAUUCUUCCCAAUGUGAGUAAGUCUACCAGUGACAAUGUUAUGAUUUGAACAUUUGUGGGGAGGUUUUCGGUUAUUACCUAGUUUACCUAUUUUUCAUCCUUGAAAAAUAGCAGAUUUUGUGAAUGAUUUAAUGUUUUGUUCUUAAAAUUACACAAACUCCUAGUUUUAAAUCAGACGUUACAUCCAGACAGAUAAAAUUAAAUUAUUCUUAUUUGAGUCAUUUCUUGGACCACUUUCUACUUCUACUUGAGUAAUGUAAUUUUGAAGUAACAAUACUCUUGAGUAACAUUUUUAGCUAAUCUUCCUACCUCAUGAAUAAUCUAAGGAAAGUGUCUUAUUCUGCUGCUGUUGCUGUAUGCUAUUUCAAGAUUGCUUUGAAUCUGUCAGACUGGGAUGAAGCAGCAAUCAAAGAUGAAAUAUUAAAGUUAAAAUGAAUGUAUCAUUUUUUCUCUACGUUUUAGGAAGGGAUUAUUUGAAAAGAAAACUAUUUAAAGAAAGGUGCCUUCAAAUGAUUCAGGGAUUACAAUAAACUGUGCAAUGUCGAAUCUCAAACCAAAAAUGUGCUGGUAGUACAUUUUUGUAUCAUUGCCUUAAUUGUGUAAAUGUAAUGGACAUAUACUGUACACAUUUUAUAAUAAAUAUUUUGCUGGU